AUGCCCGCAGCCGCCGCGCGCCAGAUAUACGAAGACCAGAUACCGACCUUCAUGUCUGUCUUUGAUCUAGAAUCCGAGACCAUGGUAGAUCGCGACACAAUUACCGUCGUCGGCUCCAAGUUUCUCGAGGUGGCGCCCAAAACCUCUCAGCAGCCGAGCCUCCAGGCCUGUCUUGCUCCAGACCAGAGCCAUAAGCAGCAUCGCGACAGUACUUCGACUCAGACAUCAGAAUCCGACGACUCUUCCCCAACGACUACGCUGUCUACCACAGACUCUUCACCCCUCUCGGAUCCGUCGCCAUCCUCGUCACCGGAUUCUCCGCUCAACCUGCUCCCGCUUGGUAACUUUCACUCUGCAAGCUUCAGUGGCCCUUCCAACCCAGUUUCACUGCUCAGCAUUUCCGAGGCGAGCGCAUUGGAGCGUCCCAUGACGUCUCCCGCUCCGAGGAAGCCGAGAAACAUGAAGGGUCUAUCCAUCCAGCCACCGACAGUAGCAGCCUCGGCCAAGUCCAUGGUAUCGGAACCUUGCUCGCCCUCCUUCAUCAAGCCCUCCAUUCCCGCCAUGAAGAGAAAGCCCAGUCUUCUCAGCCUCAAGACCAAUGCUUCAGAUUUGAUUAAGCAGACGUCGUUGGAAGUGCCGGCAUCGCCAGGCAUGCCUCCCAUCCUGCAGCGCCGCGCGCUCAAGCAUUCCACCUCGUCACCGUCUUUCCCCUCCUCCUCCUUGAAGACAUCCACAUUUGGACCUGCUGGGGGAAUGACCUUUCCAAAGGUCCUGGAGCGCAAUGAGUCAGGGCUGUCGGAGUUCUUGCGACCCAUGAAGUCCAGCAUGAACUUGACAUUUGAUGCUGCCAUCACGGAAGAGGACACUCCCAUCAAGACCCAGCUUGCGUCUCGAAACGACUUUGACGAGCCUUUUCGGGAGAACGAGAAUAAUGAAGACCAGAAAACGCCUGGGUACCCUGAUGGUCCCAUUGCCAUUUACGGCGAUAAUGUCUAUUUGUAUCUGGAACCCACGGCCGAAGAAGCCUCUCGCUUUGAUGUAGUCAUCAACGUUGCCCACGAAGUUCGGAAUCCCUUCGAGGCCAAGCGAGAAGAGGUUAAACAAGAGCAGGCGAAGCCUUCACUGCACGGGCCUUCCGCUCGCGGCAGAGGAAUCUCAUCCAAUUUAAGCCCUAUUCCGGAUACGGCAGUGUCAAACUCCAGCUUUGCUACCGCAUGGGAGUUCCAGCCUUCUGACGGCAGCAGCCCGAUGGACACGGACAUGCAGACGCCCACGACGCCAAAGGCCAAUCCUCUUAGCACACCAGAGUACAUCCACAUUCCAUGGGAUCACAAUACCGACAUCGCGCCCGAUCUCAUGCACCUCUGCGAGACCAUUGAGAACCGCACCAAGGAAGGCAAGAAGGUGCUCGUCCACUGCCAGCAGGGAGCUAGCCGUUCGGCGAGUCUCAUCAUUGCCUACGGCCUCUGGUUAAACCCCCAUUUCAGCGUCAACGAUGCGUACUACGCAGCACAGGCCAAGAGUCGCUGGAUCAGCCCCAACAUGAAGCUCAUGUACUCGCUGCAAGACUUCCAAAAGGAGCUUGCCAAGAAGAAGCGCUCCUCGCCAGGCUCUGGGCCCUAUCGACCUCGCACUGGAAGGAGUCCGUCCAAGCACAGAUUGACCCUGUCCGCUGACGCAAUUGAGAUGCCUUCCAAGGAGCCGCACACUGCGCCCCUCCCAGCAGAAAACGGCAAGGGUAGGCAGGGAAGCGAGAGCACGACUCCUCUGACUCUCCAUCCGAGCAACUCGAAUGACCUCCAGACCAUUUCCCCGGGACCUGCUUCGGCGCCCUUGACAUUUUCGUGGAGAGACAGCUUCGAGAGGCCUCAGGCGGAGCGCAUGGAGCCGGAACAAAAGAAAGCGAAGCAGAUGGAGCCUUCUAUCAAUGAGCCAGAACCAAGCCCUCGACAAUCAAGGACGGACCUUGUUCCGCCGCCGUCUCCUUCGCCUUUCAAGCUCCAGGCUCCCCCCUUGAGACCAAAGUCAGCGCAAGGACGGUCCAAGCCAAGCUUGGCUCCCCUGGGCGGUCCCAGACUGAAGCCGACUGCCUCUUAUUCGACCCUGGGUGCUCGGGACUAUUCGUCUUCAUUUCCCAUGCAAACUUCCAACGAGAAAGCUGUUCACUUCUCGGCGAUUUUCCCGGACGAUGAUGUCCUCAUGUCACCCAGGGACCAAGAGAUGGCCAACAGCUCCCUGGGGAGCUUCCCGUCAAUUGCUGGAAUGAGAUUCAUCGAGCGACAGGAGCUUCCGCAAAAUCUCUUCUCCCCAAGGCAGACGGCUUUCAGCCGGGACUCCUUUUUCUCCUUCGGUAGGCCAACGCAAGCGGAUCCGCGCAGCCCACCUGCCAAGGGCGAAGCAUCGAUUAUUCGGUCCAUUGAUGACAUCUUAUAA